AUGCAUUCUCAAAAUCAACAGCCAUCCACGAAUAUACAGAAUAAUCACAAUAAUACUGUCAAUAAUAACAGUCAUCUGAUUCAAAAUACAUAUAAUUACUAUCUCCUGCAUAUCAUUGAGGACCUGUUGCCUGGGGUUGUUGUCCUUAAUCCUAUGCGAGUGCCUUCAUAUCCUCCUGUUCUUCAUGAUGCUUCGAUGCAACAGGAUUGGGAUGCGUUUAUGGCUUGGCAUCGUAAAGAUGCAGCGAUGAUUCACAUCCUUAUGUCUAGACUGUCAGCCGAUGUCUCUGCCAUACUCCCCAUGGUCAAUGAUCAUGGUGGUGCUGGUAGUGAAUACACCAUGCGUACCCUGCUUGCCAUUCUGCAUAAGCAUUUUGGAUUGGGUCAGCCGGUGCAGGCUCAUGCGACAUGGGAAGUGCUGCGGACUUACACUGUGGAUAUGCAAAAUGUGGUGAAGUAUGUUCAACGCUGGCACUCCACUAUUCUUUCAUUACAUGCAGAAUGCUAUCCUAUCAUUUAUUUCGAUGCUGCGUUGAAUUUCAUGCAUAACCUGCCGGAGGAAGGGGGUUGGUAUCUCCCGAUUCAUCAGGACGUGACCAGGGACUGUGGACAGUCCCCAGAUGUGAUAGACUUUGGCUAUUUCGACAACUUGUUGGAUCGUGUCAUUGAUUUAGACAUGCAGUGGCAUUUGUCUAAGUUCUCCAAUAGAACCAGUUGUCGGAAAUGUGAUAUUUGCAGCCAACAAAGUCAUUCGACAGACCAGCAUGAUCCAUCCAAGCAAUGUGCAGUAGAUUCGAUGUCAAAUGGUCACCCUCCUCCAUGUCCAGCAAAUUGUCCUCCUGACAAGACAUACACCACUCCUCACGCAAACCUUGCAGAUGCAAACCCCAACUCCGAUUCUUCAGAGCAGCACGGCACAACCUCAGAGGAGGAAGUACAUGCAGCUGUUAGCAAAAUACCUACUUCCGAUUGUACAGUCGAUACCUACAAUGCAGACAAAUUUUUCAUUUGCACGAGUGCCUCCUUCUUAAGUCCUAUCGAUUCGGCUUCAACCUGGUAUCUGGACGUAAUGCAUGAAAUAGCUUAUGUCCUUCUGGCUCAGUCUGUGAAGACUUUGUUUGAUUCCGGUUGUACCACACAUCUCUUCAAGGAAUGGUGCUACUUCUGGUCAUAUCACACUGAUCUGGCUGUGGAUGUCAAGACUGCGAACUGCGGUGUCCUCAGCACUGAAGCUUGUGGGGAGAUUAGAAUUCACAUACAUUGUGUUAAUGGUGCACAUGUCAUGAUUUGUCUUCUUGACUGUUUGCAUGCCCCAAGUGUUCCAAUGAACCUGAUCUCGGUCAGAGCACUGAUAGAAUGGAACAUAUUCCUUCUCUUCAGGAAAAACUGGACUACUGUUAUUACAGUUUUACCCCUAUUUUCCUUAUCUUAUCUUAUCCUUAUCCAUCGGAACCCUGGACCUGCCUAUCUUAUCUCUCAGACCCAUGAUAUUCCACCGGCACACUCUUUACCCGGUUACCCAGCUGCCAUCACCCCAGUUUAUGCUGCUGCCCCCCCAGAUGACUAG